AUGGCCUCUAACUGGCACAGUCUCAUCGCCAGGGGAGGGUUUGAGCUACCUGUGGAAGGCGACGACUCUCGAGUCGGUUCUGCAACAGAUGGUUCCAGUGGUGGUACCAUCAGCACCAACAACGCUUCCAAGUCGUCUUCAAUUCAGUCCCUUGUUGGAACAUUUGUACCCGUGAUUAUUUAUUGUGUUGUCUGCAUCAUCUUCUUCUCCAUCUUCCGAGUCAAAUGCAGUCGAGUCUAUGCGCCUCGUGCUAUACCGAGCCUGCGCUCACCUCAUACACCCAUACCACCACUUCCCACCGGCUGGUUUAAUUGGAUAAAACCCUUCUUCAAUACUCCAGACACGUUCGUGCUCAACCAUGGCUCUCUUGACGGCUUCUUCUUUCUGCGUUACCUCAAGGUCUUGCGGAACACCUUUCUCGUAGGCAUUCUGAUCGCAUGGCCAAUCCUCCUCCCAAUUCACAUUACCGGUGGCAACGAAUCAACCCAACUGGAUAUUCUCACGAUUGGUAAGGUCAGUGAUAAAAAGCGCAUGUUCGCCCACGUUGCUGUCGCCUAUACGUUCUUUGGCUUCAUUCUCUUCACUAUUACUCGAGAGUGUUUUUAUUACAUCGGCAUCCGCCAAGCCUAUCUUUCCUCUCCUCAUUAUGCGAAGCGACUAUCGUCUAGGACUGUCCUGAUCACUUCGAUCCCCGAGCGCUAUCUCGACGAACGCCGACUGCGAAAACUUUAUGGCGACUCUGUGAAGCGUGUUUGGAUUCCCAGAACCGCCAAAGCUCUCAUCAAACUCGUGGAGGAAAGGGAAUCAACGGCGAUGCGACUGGAGAAAGCCGAAAUUUUACUCAUCAAAAAGGCACAUCUUGCGCGCAAGAAGAAUCUCGACCAUAACCCACCACCAACUUCAUCCUCCGCCGAACCGUGUGCUGCAGAUUCAGGCUCCUCCUACAGAACGGAUCCUAGUAGCGAAGAACAUCGACCAGGCUCCCCGCGGCGUGUCGAGAUUGCGCCAAACCACGAACACGAGCAUAGCGAAACCCAGGAGCAUACUGUCAAGUCGGAUUAUUCACAAGUGACUCAAACAGCUAGUCACAACACUCACGAUCUGCUCGAAAAGUCCGCCGAAGAUCCCGAAUAUGUCCAUCCCUACGGGCUCGAUCCAAACCUUCCUGACGUACGAGGUUCUGUUGCUGCUCAAUGGAUUCCUGUUACAGCACGCCCGCAUCAUCGACCACUCCAGAACUUCUUCCGACGAGUCGACACUAUUCGCUGGUGCCGCUUGAGACUCAAAGACUUGAACCAUGAGAUUUACAAGCUUCGUCGCCAAGUUCGUCGCGGUGAUGGGCAGACGUUGCCUGCUGCAUUCAUCGAGUUCGAUACCCAAGAAGCUGCUCAAGCUGCACACCAAAUUGUCGCUCAUCAUCGACCUCUCCAGCUUGCUCCUCGUCUCCUGGGCGUCCGGCCGAACGAAGUGGUCUGGAGUGCCCUCCGAAUACGUUGGUGGGAACGCAUCGUUCGCCGUCUACUCAUUAUGGGCCUGGUUUCAGUCGCCAUCAUCUUUUGGUCCGUCCCAUCUGCCAUGAUCGGUAUUAUAUCCAAUAUCGACUUCUUGAGUGGCAUCGUCUUUCUGAGCUGGAUCAAGCUGCUCCCCAAGGCUAUUCUUGGCUUUCUCCAGGGAUUUAUUCCGGCCAUCGCCUUGUCAUUCUGGAUGUCGCUCGUUCCUGCGAUGUUGAGGUUCUGUGGUGUACAAGCUGGAAUCCCCUCUCUUGUGCUCGUCGAGCUGUUCGUCCAAAAGAUCUACUUUGCGUUCCAGGUAGUGCAGGUGUUCUUAAUCACCACAUUAACAUCGGCUGCUUCCGCUGCAGUUCUAGACAUUAUCCAGCAUCCUAUGUCUGCGCCCGAUCUCCUUGCUCAGAACCUACCCAAGGCAUCCAACUUCUAUCUGUCGUAUAUCCUUGUCCAGUGUAUGGCCAUUGGUGCCACUGGCCUGCUGCAUAUUUUUGAGUUAAUACGGCACUAUGUGUUUGGUAGAGUUAUCCAAAACCCCAGGACUCGCUUUGGUAUUUGGUACAAUCUUCGCCCUCCGCGUUGGGGUGGUGUCUUUCCAAUUUAUACGAAUAUGGCAUGCAUUGCUUUCUGCUAUACAUGCAUCGCUCCUCUGAUCCUGCUCUUUGCAUGCGGCGGCAUGGCCUUCACAAGGCUCAUCUACCGAUACAACAUCCUUUACGUGUUCGACUCUGAGAUGGAUAGCAUGGGCAUGUUCUAUCCGAACGCCCUCCUUCAACUCAUUAUCGGGCUUUACCUGGCCGAGAUCUGCAUGAUUGGCCUGUUUGCACUCAAGCUCGCAUUCCCGCCAAUGGUACUAAUGCUCAUACUCCUCAUUUUUACGGUCAUCGUUCACUUCUCCCUCAGAGACUCCAUAUUUCCUCUACUUCAGAACCUCCCUCAAACGUUGACAUUGGAAGAAGAAAUACAGGAGGAAGAGAAGGCGGAAGCAGAAGCAAAACUACAGUCGGCUGCAGAGUCUGGAGAGGCCAACGGUGGUUCUGCUGCCAAUUAUUUCGACACAGAUCAGAACUUUGGUGAAGACGAGAUUGAGGAACCACCGAGUGAUGAUGAGGAUGGACAUCCACACGAUGGACCCCAAAGUUCGAGGGGGGUUGAAGGUGCAGGCGGUCUUAAGCUAAUGGUAACUGAGUGGAUCAAGUCAAGCUCAAAGGCCCAACUCAAGAAGGAAGUGCAGCAAUCUGGACUGAAGCAGUUCUUGGAUAGAUGGAUUCUGGCUGGCAGCCACACAAGUGGGAAUAAGCCAACCUUCUUGCAGCGAUUCCUUCACCCCGAGGUCUACGAGGACUUUAUCGCCCUAAGAAAGCUCAUUCCCUUUGAGGAGCUUGCCGACGCCGAUUAUGCUGGAGACGAAAAGCUAUCUAACUACUGGCCUCCAGAAUUGUGGAUGCCCAAACCUGUCUUGUGGAUCCCCCGAGAUGAAGCGCGCGUCAGUCGGCAGGAGGUUGCGCACACGAGAAAGAUCACGCCGAUCACAGAUGUGGGAGUGAGCUUGAAUGUCAAGGGAUUACUUAUUGUUGAUGUUGAGGACGCGCCGUUUCCAAGGAUGAGAUUGGUGCACUGA